CUACACCCAGUGCACUGCGCACAGCCAAUCCAAUUAGUAUGAAGCAGGCUGACCAGGGGAGAGGAAGAUUGUGAUUUCACCAGCAGCAGCAGCAGCAGGCUUUCACGACUGUUCAGAUUGGAUCAGAAGGCGUGCCGUGAAAGCAGGGCAGCCUUUGUUGUGAAGACAGUGACUUUUCCUUACUCAUCUGUGGGAGGUACGACAGGGAGGAGGCAGGGAAAGAAAGAACAGCAUCUUUUCAGCCCUGCUGCAUCGCUGGGGGGUUUAAUGUCUGUUGGCUCUUAUUUUGCCCUUGCUUUCUCUCCUCGUCUGCUUCCUGCGGUUGGUGAGUGAGGACUACUGGCUGGGCGGCGGUGCUUUUCUCAGUUCUGUGCCCUGUGGAGACUGUGUGCUUUCUGUGUUGUUGUCAUACCAGCUGAGUCAUCAUGUCUGAUCUGACGCCUCAGAGCGAUGCCCCAACCCCCACCACCGACAAGAUCACGCAGGCUGCCCGAGAAACCAUUUACCUCUGCAACUUUCGGGUGUCCGUGGACGGGGAAUGGCUUUGUCUUCGAGAGCUCAACGACAUUUCCCUCACUCCUGACCCCGAGCCAGCUCAUGAAGACUCAUGGGAGGAUUUCACAGAUUUGGUGGAGCAAAUGCAAAUGCUUGAUGAGUUUGCAGACCCCAAAGACCCCAUCACUAUUGAGAGGCUCAACCUGAUGAACAUGGCCAAGUUGAGCAUAAAGGGCCUUAUUGAGUCUGCUCUUAACCUGGGCCGCACCCUGGACUCCGACUACGCUCCGCUGCAGCAGUUCUUCGUUGUGAUGGAACAUUGUCUGAAGCACGGCCUAAAAAGCAAGAAGACAUUCCUUGGGCAGAAUAAGUCCUUCUGGGGUCCUUUGGAGUUGGUGGAGAAGUUAACCCCUGAAGCAGGCGAAAUCACAGCCAGUGUGAAGGAUCUUCCUGGACUCAAAACGCCAAUAGGACGAGGAAGAGCCUGGCUUCGUCUUGCCUUGAUGCAAAAGAAGUUGUCAGAUUACAUGAAGACCCUAAUCAACCGGAAGGACCUGCUGAGUGAAUUCUAUGAGGCCAAUGCAUUGAUGAUGGAGGAGGAGGGUGCUGUAAUCGCUGGGCUGUUAGUGGGUCUGAAUGUUAUUGAUGCUAACCUGUGUAUGAAGGGAGAAGACUUGGAUUCUCAGGUUGGGGUUAUCGAUUUCUCCAUGUAUCUAAAGGAUGGAGGCCACAGCAGCAAAAGCACAGAGGGUGAUGGACAGAUCACUGCAAUACUUGACCAGAAGAAUUAUGUUGAGGAACUUAACAGACAUUUGAGUGCCUCUGUGAAUAAUCUCCAAGCAAAAGUUGAUGCACUAGAAAAGUCAAAUACAAAGUUAACAGAAGAGCUUGCCGUUGCAAACAACAGGAUUAUAACGCUGCAGGAAGAUGUGGAACGAGUAAAAGAGGAGAGUUCUUACCUCCUGGAGACCAGUCGCAAGGUAUCGAAAGCAGAUGGGACUGGAGAUGGUCAGGCCCUGGGAGAGGACGUGGAGAAGGACGUGGAGACACAGAUGGGCGUGAAGCAGGAGAUGGAGCAGUCCAUGAAGUUGAUGGAGCAGGACAUUGGUGAGAAGCAGGACGCCCUGCUGGCUCUCAGGCAACAGCUGGAGGACCUGCGGACACUCAACCAGGAGCUCUCCCAAAAACCACAGAUUUCUGAUGGGACCACGAAACAGAAGAGUGAAAUUGCUAGCCGCUUGGAUGAGAAGACAAACCAGAUUGCAGGAACGAUUAAACAGCUGGAGCAGAGUGAAAAAGACAUGGUGAAACAGGCCAGAAGCCUUAAUUCUGCAGCAGGAAAAAUCCUCCAGAAACAGCAUUAGGCCACAAAUACCAUUUAACGUUUCCUAAAUCUGAUGUUGACUUUGAUUAUAAAUUAUUGUGUAAAAUAGGUCAUGACUAAAUUAGAACAUUGAUUUCCAGGUUAUACAUACAUACAUUUUCUUUUAUGAGUCCGUUUAUGCAACUUUCUUGAGAUUGCGGGGCUUUUGCAACUGCUUUGAUUAGUGGCAGCUCAACCCUUUCCUCUUUCUGAUCUUCCUCCUCUUGUGAACAGACACUGUUAGCUGAGGGAGAAAUACGCUGGGAUGUUAGGCAGCCUAAAAGGCAAGAAUGUGUUUGCGGGAGAACAAUUUAGCCUUGAGCCCAAUCCUAGUUGCGUCCUCUUCUGUUAUACCAGACGUAGCUUGGUAGUGGAGUUUUGAAAUUGAAAUCUUGCCUGUAAAUGCAUCACCGUAAGACAGACGGUAGGUCAGCGAAUGGAAUGUGAAGGCCCACUCUUAUUUUUCGAAAAAAAGGAAAGCGCAACUAUUGGCUCAGUUCUUGGGUUUAGUGAAAUGUGGAAACACUAGCACAUGUUUCAGCCUGACCCGCCCCCAGCUGUUCACCCCGGCAGAUUGCUUCAGCAGUGAUGUUUGUUAUGUACCCAGAAGGGAAUAUUUUCAAAUCACACUAUUUGCUGUGAUGCGUACACAUGGCAUGAUCUCAAACCCAAACUUAUAUUAACAAAAUUAGAAUUUCUGGGGUUUUGGGAUAGUUUAUUUGAACCCCCAACUCCCAGUCUUUUUUGGGCAAACAGUAGAUAUUUCACCAAAGCUUAAAACUGAACUUGGCAGUAUAUAUUUAAGAUAAUUUAAAGCUCAAUAAAUUUGAGUGUUCAACAGUAACGCCAAAAAUAUGUUGUAAUACUUAUACUUUUUUUCAACCCUUCUUUUAAAAUUUGCUGUAUUUGUUAGGCAACGUAUGUACAUCUGUUUACUAUUUCCUUUUUCCUGCAAAUUUAUUUGAACUUUUACAUAUUUAAAGGCUGUUGCUUUUGUGAGUUUUAAGUUUGUUUUAUUGGACAGUUUUUUGUUUGCAUUUUGCCAGCCAGAAUGCGGUCUCCCUCAGUUGGAGCAUUGAUUGUGUGGAGAAAUUGGAUUUGUCCUGACACUAAAUAAGAUAUAUAACCAGUUAUAAUAAACUUAAUUAAUCAGGAUUUGCUUUUUGCAUAUCUGCUGGUCAAUCAUGUGCCUGAAUUCAAUUGUUAAUUUAUAUCGUGAGUAGGAACAGGUGAAUGAGACAUUUCAAAACUCAAGAAUCCAUCUAGUUGCAGCACAUUAACUUAAGCAAUCCAAAUGAAUAAGUAAGGUUUAUUGUUUUAUGAAAGUCGUGGUUGGGCUGAUAGUGUAUUUACAGCUUAAAGGAAAAGUGGAAAAUGUACGUUUAUUUAACAUCAAUGUAAACUGUAGUGAAAUAGCAUAAUAAAACAGAAAACAAA